CGUCUCCUUAUAAACAACAGCCGAAUUCGAUGUGAAAGCCCAGUACUUUCUGGUGUUCAACACUACAGCACCUUGGACUCACAAUAACGACAACCUAUCAUCAUCCAGACCAAAAGUGUCCGUCACAACAACCAAUCACAACAAACCAGACCAACAUUAGACAUGGCGUCGUCAACUACUGACUCUCGCCGCAUGCCGCGCAGAGACUCUUCGACGGCCCGUGGCACCCGAAGCCCCAGCCAAAGGCCAAGACUUCUUCGAGCAUCAGCCACCGAGCCCUCUAUCACCACGUCCAAUGCCAGCCGAGAUGCGCUCGCGAACUCGUACUCGUCUCGCAGAGCAACCGAGCUCCUAAGAGUGGCUUACAUCUCAGGUGGCUCAUCUCCGGACGCCCUCACCAGAGCUACCUCCAGAGCCACAUCUCCCAUCUCAACACGGACAUCACCACCACCAAUGUACGAUAGCUUGGGUCGACACUGUGAGCUAUCCUCGUCUCCUAUCAGCAACCCGGAUGGCUUUGAUGAGCUGCGUGAUUCUUAUUCGCAUUCGCAUUCGCAGCGAUACUUCAGCUUCCCAAGUUUUGACUUGUAUGAGUCGCCUCACCAAGAAGAGGACAAAGAGCCACACAUGAAGUCUCCUUGAAAGGCGCGCUCGGAUUCUGGAAGGAGAGAGCUGUUUUCGACGUUCUUUUUUUUUCUCUUUGUUUUUCAGUUUGCAAAAAGCAAGCCCUGCCUUCCACUUUGGUCAUCGGACUGCUCACCCAAGACGACGUCCACCCACGAGGCCUCUAUCACUCGGGGAACAGUUGCGCCGCCGUGCAAGAGCACUCGGCAGGUGUAAUAUUUCCAGGAACAUGACCCUGGUGUCAUUGGAACAUGACACGCAAACAGCCCGCAUUGAAUGGGCGCAGGGCAUUGGGCGAGGGACAGGCGGAUCAUCCCGGCGUUUUUGAUUCCUUCAAUCCUAUGAAUCCCAUUUUUGAGGUAUUCGGAGGGGGGAAACGGAGGAUGACAACGCGAUGCACGCCGCUUCAGCACAUCUCGUAGCUGGCGGAUGCUACGUGCCCAUCGGGUGGUUUCGACGGAGUCUUGUAAGAGCAGGAUAUAUUUAUCCCCUAGGGACAGGGGAUGAGCAGUAGGGACAGGAGAGGCUGGUGGAUGAUCCUUACCCGACCGAGCUGUGGGCCAAGUUGAGCUCCCUCGGUCAUGGGGGACAUUGUCAGCGAUUAUGGCGCCAAGACACGCCUAGGUCCUUGUAACGCAGCCAACUGUUCAAGAUGCGUGAGUGCCCCGAGGGCGCCGUGUCCGGUUGGCGACGACAAGACUGUCUUGUACAAAACAAACACCACAACAUAAGAUACCCUGUAGAAAUGAAAGAUGAAUAAGUGCAAACUGCAAAC